UCGAAAAGAAAAGAUACAACAUAGAAAACAAAACAGUUUGCAAUCUUUGUGAAGAGGAAAUACAUUCUGAAUCAUUUUUCCAAGAUGGAAAAAUACAUGCUGGAUCUACUACAUUCCAUUGCCGUACCUGUCAAUCUCAUUUUCACGAGAGCUGUCUCACAAUAGAUCAUAAGACAGACGCCCAUCAACAUCCCCUUUUCUUCAUUCGCAGACAAAUCUCAGUUGUUUGUGAUGUUUGUGGGCUGGUCGGUAAAGAUAAAAUAAAUAUGUACACAUGUGUGCCUUGCGAUUUCUUUGUACACAGAAACUGCAUUUUCUUACCCAAGAAUAUAAAGAUCACACGUCACUUACACCUUCUCUAUCUUAUUUUUAUUACUGGUGGAAAAUAUUGUAAAAUUUGUCGGGAAAGUAUUUCUGAAAAUUAUAAAGUAUAUACUUGCCGUGAGACAAGUUGUGAUUAUGUUGCCCAUGCAUUUUGUGCGACGAGGAGCGAAGUGUGGGACAAACAAGUACCCGGGAUUGUGUUCAUGCCGCAACUUGAUGAUGAUGAUCACGUUGAGAUUGAUGGUAUCGCAAUAGACCAUUUUAGCCACAAUCACAAGCUAACGAGACUCCACCACGGUGAUGAUGCUGCGCAAGAGAAGAUGAGCGGCGGCCAGGUAUGUCAAUCUUGCAUCCUUCCAGUUGAUAUGGGAAGUUUCUUGUAUUGCAAGCAAUGCGGCUUUUCUCUACAUGACACGUGUGGACGUCUUCCUCUGAGGAUAGAACAUAUGUUACAUCGUCAUCCACUGAUCCUAGAAGGCAUCACAAGGAAAAUCAAAGAAGGGGUCUUCACGUGCUCCGUAUGUAAUCAAGACUCUUGUGGUUUCAUGUAUCGAUGUUACAGAGAGGAUUGUGAGUUUUACAUGGAUGUGAAAUGUGCUUCCUUUGUCGAGCCAUUCAACCAUACAGCCCACCAACAUCCUCUCUCUCUGGAACAACAGUUUGAUAACGGGUCGUCGUCAAAUCCAUAUAAAAAAUGUAUGGGUUGUGGUGGUAGCUUAUCUUCAACAGUUAUUGCUCUUUGUUCUGAUCCUUAUUGCUAUUUCUCUUUAGACUUGAGAUGCGCAACUUUACCAGGACGAUUGUUAAAAUGCAGCUAUGAUUCUCAUCCACUCACCCUUUCUUUAGCGACUCCAUCUUCGUCAUUAUGGUGUGAGAUGUGCGAAGAGAAAAUGACGAAAACAAAUCUAUUAAUCUACAUGUGCGACGCUUGCUGCACCACUGUACAUGUUGAGUGCCUAUUAGGGAAACAUCCCUAUAUGAAGCCUGGCCGUAAGAUCGAAAUGAAUGGUGUUGAGGUUGAUAUUGUGUCAAACAAGGGUUCUGCUGCUGAUCGUCGGUCUUGUCAUAAAUGCCGAAGUCUUUGUCAAGACGAACUGGUUUUCAUUAAAAGAUAUACCGGUAGUUGUUUCUGCUCUACCAAGUGUUUGCGCUCAUUCAUCGAAAAUCGUCCCCUCUUCCCAUCUCAUGACGCCGUAGAGAGAUUCAGAAAGGCUUAUGAAAAUUAUUUUAGGGAUAGCAUUUAAAAUAUGUUUCACAUAGUUGUAUAUAUCCUCUGUACCUUUUAACAUAUACACUAGGAUAAGACAUGCGACUUGCGCAG